CGUGGGUUGUUGACCGGUGUCCGCUGCUAUAUAAUCAAAGUCCUAAUUGGCUUACUCAUUUUCUUGAGCAAUAAACACCGAUGUCCUCUGCUGCUUCUAGGGUUUUCAACGCUUGCCGGGCUCUCUUGGCUCCGGCCAAGUCCUCUUCGUCAGCCUCUGUCGCCACCAGAACUAAUUCAACCACUGCCAAAAAGCCCAAAACCAAAUCUCCAGCCUCUGUUCGACCCGUUGGAAUUCUUAAGGUGGGCCCUAUCUCCCCUACCCUUGCUCGUUUUCUGGGAGCCUCUGAAUCUUCCCGCGCUGACGCCGUUCGCAAGAUCUGGACACACAUCAAGACUCACAACCUCCAGAGAAUGGUAAUAUCUAUUGGCCUUUGGGUGCAGAAUCCUCAGAAUAAGCGGGAAAUCAUCUGUGAUGCCAAGCUUAAGGCCAUCUUUGAUGGUAAAGAUACUGUUGGAUUCCUGGAGAUUGGGAAACUAUUGUCCCCACAUUUUGUGAAGACUGCUUGACUGCUGUUCAGAUAUCAACUGUAGGUUUUUGGCUUCAAAUUGAUACCAAACUCUUAAGAGCUUGCUCUUGCGCUCAUUCUUGUAUGGAAGUUGUAAUAUUUAUGCAUACUAUUGUGUGACAGCAGAACUCUUGGGUUUGGGUUUGUGACUCAGGUGUUUAGGUGGACAUGGAAAAGGUUUAUUUGGCAUUGUGGCCUCCAGGUUCUUUUUCAA